AUGUGGUGCGCCACCUCCUAUGUCGACCUGUUGAUUGUCGGUGCUGGCCCAGCAGGUCUUGCCGCAGCGUCCUGGGCAGCUCGGUACAACAUGUCGACGCAAAUAAUUGACCAGAAAAGCGGUCGGAAAAAUUCUGGUCACGCAGAUGGCCUACAAAGCCGGACUCUCGAAAUCUUAGAAAGCUUUGGGAUUGUCGACCCAAUCUUGAAACUAGGCGUCCCUGAAGUCGAUAUGUGCUAUUGGGUAAUGAAUCCUGAGACGGGGAAAAUUGAACGCAAUGGGAGAGAUGCUGCAGAGACUGGGCGCAUGUCCAGAUUCGGACAAAUCUUGCUUAACCAGGGAUCCGUUGAACAAAAUUUCAUUGACCAUUUACGCGCAAAAAGCAACAUUCGUGUUGAAUGGAAUAGGAGAGCUGUGUCACUGGACUUGACGGCAUCUGGCGAUGAUCAAGAAACAUUUCCAGUAGCCGUAGGAGUGGCUUGUCUUGACGAGCACGGCAAUCCACAACCCGUCGAAGCGUCGCAGAUGAUCCACGCACGUUAUCUAAUUGCAUGCGACGGUGCCCACAGCUGGGUCAGACACAAGCUCAAUGUUUCGGCUGAUGGCCCAGAUAAGGACACAGACUGGGGUGUUCUUGACAUAGUACCUAUCACCAAUUUUCCCGAUAUUCGUCAAGCCUGUUCAGUCCAGUCAGGGCCAUAUGGAAGCAUUAUGAUGGUACCACGGGAGAACAAGCUAACGCGUUUCUACAUCCGACUCCAACACGGAUUGAGAGAAGACAACUCGUCGUAUUCCAAGGAUCCCCCAAGGGCUUUAGUAGAAAUGGCCAAGAAGGCGAUGUGGCCGUAUGAUCUUGCUUACAAACGCUGUGACUGGUGUUCAUAUUAUACAACUUCCCGACGCGUCGUUCAAGACUUCAGACCUCACAAACGUAUUUUCCUUGCCGGUGACGCAGCUCAUACCCACUCCCUAAAAGGUGGACAGGGCAUGAACGUCUCGAUUCAGGACACUUACAACCUCGUUUGGAAAUUGGGAGCAGUCCUUACCGAGGGUGCGCAUCCUGAUAUUCUAGAGACCUAUGACUCUGAACGCCGGUGUGUUGCCACGAAGCUGAUGGACCUGGAUGCGAAUCUUGUGAGAGCAUUUGAGGACCAAAACAGUGGCAAAAGUGGCGGAGCACAUGAGGUCCGCGACAGAUACGCUGGUUUUAUGGCAGGGGUGGACGUAACUUACAGCCCUAGCGUCUUAGUCGCUGACGGAGUUGUCAAUGGUAAUUCAGCUCUGGCACAUAAAGUCAAGUUGGGUAUGCGUCUGGCUUCGGAGAGAGUCACCUACCAUUGCGAUGGCACCUCUGUUCAUUUGGCACAAAGACUGCCUAGUGAUGGAUCGUGGAAGCUCUUGGUUUUUCCGGCUGACUUGGAGAAACCAGAUGGAAUGAAGGCCUUAAAAGUCUUCGCUGAUUAUUUCUCUGACAACUCGCAUCUAGCACACCGGAGCAAAGAUGCAGAGGCUAUCGGUCCUCUUAUUGAUGUACUUCUCAUACAUUCAGGUCCGAGGAACACAGACAGGUUAUUGGACUUACCACGGAUCUUUCAUCCAUUCGAUGAGGUAAUGGGCUGGGAUUACUGGAAAGUCUUCGCGGAUGUGGAUGGGCAGGCGUACUCAGGCUAUGGUAUUGAUGGGAGUGGUGGCGGUUGUCUCAUUCUAUGCCGUCCUGACCAACACGUCGCCUGGGUUGGCGCAUUGGAUGAUGUGGUCGGGCUUGAUAAUUUCUUCUCUUUUUUCUCCUAG